CGCCAAGAAUCGCGACUGCAAAUCUUUGCAUCUGAUAAGAUUACCAACAGCUGAUCGGACCACUCCAAUGCUAUCACCCGUGUCUGCCCCACUCCCUGGCUUUUGACGGGGUCCGUGGAUCCUGGAGUGCCUCGUGGUGGGCAGCUUGAAAGGGCAAAGCCUAUCCGAACAGCUCCACCUUAAGGGACUACUUACCUGCUCACCUUCGCUCCUUCACUCCGGGCUACAUACGAUCCUGCGACACAUCUACACAAUUGCGGGCGCACCAACCAGUAGUAAAACCCUACAAUAAUGGCGUCUACUUCCUUGGACGACAUCAAGCAAGUGAGGGAAAGCAGUCAGAGCGUAUCACCUGUUGAAAAACCUAUCAACGAGAACAAAUCGCCCGGUGUUGCUCGCAUCGAAGCUCUCAAUGCCCACACCUCACUCACCAACCGCUGCUUCAUCUUCUUCGGCCUCUUCCUCGUGGCAUACGCCUAUGGUCUGGACGGCUCUCUUCGCGGCGUGUACCAGCCGUAUGCAACAGCUGGCUUUGAGACCCACUCAACGCUUGCAACCAUCGGUGUGUUACGAAGCGUGAUUGCCGCCGCGGCUCAGCCAACGGCCGCGAAGAUUGCCGACGUUUUUGGGCGAGUUGAGGUUGUUCUCUUGUCGAUCUUCUUCUAUGUGCUCGGAACGGUUCUUGAAGCUGUUAGCAGCAACGUAGAGACUUUCGUGGCAGGUGCGGUCUUCUAUCAGGUUGGCUACACGGUCAUGAUCGUGCUGAUUGAAAUCAUCAUCGCUGAUAUCACGUCCCUCCGAUCACGUCUCAUUGGUUCAUAUGUGCCAGCCCUACCGUUUCUCGUCAAUACUUGGGUCAGCGGCGAUGUCACUUCAGCAGUCUUGAACGCUACAACCUGGCGAUGGGGAGUAGGAAUGUGGGCAAUCAUCUACACUGUAUGCUCGAUGCCUUUGAUUGCAGCGCUUCAAUGGUCAACAUACAAGGCCAGGAAAGCCGGGGCACUUGACAAUUACAGGACUCCGUAUCAAAUAUACGGUGGCAAGCGUCUCGCAUCAUCGAUCUUCUGGCUACUGGACACCCCAGGUAUCAUACUCCUCAUUGCGGUCUUUGGCUGCAUCCUCACACCCUUCACGAUCGCAGGUGGUGUCUCCUCUCAGUGGGGGACAGCCAAAGUUAUCGCCCCUCUCGUCGUCGGUAUUCUCUGUAUUCCAGUCUUCAUCAUUUGGGAACGCCGCGCGCCGCAUCCUAUGCUGCCAUUCCAUCUCCUCGCUGACAGAGCAGUAUGGGGCGCUCUCGGUAUUGCAUGCACUCUGAACUUUGCCUGGUACAUGCAGGGCGACUUCCUCUACACUGUUCUUGUCGUCUCCUUCAACGAAAGUGUCAAGAGUGCGACGCGCAUCUCCUCACUAUACAGCUUCAGCUCCGUCAUCACUGGCCUUAUUCUUGGUGUGGUGGUUUACCGCGUACGACGCCUGAAACCAUUCAUUGUAUUCGGCACCUGUCUGUUUCUGGUAGCUUUCGGUCUGCUGAUCCACUACCGUGGCGGUACCAGUUCAGCAAACCAUUCCGGACUUAUAGGCGCGCAGAUCUGUCUUGGUAUCGCAGGCGGCAUGUUUCCCUAUCCAGCGCAAGCCAGCAUUCAGGCAGCGACCAAGCACGAGCACGUCGCUAUCGUUACGGGUAUCUACCUUGCCACCUACAACAUAGGCUCUGCGUUCGGCAACACUGUCUCGGGUGCUAUAUGGCAGCAUGUCAUCCCCAACGAGCUUGUCCGUCAGACUGGCAACGCUACUCUAUCUGCUUCAGUCUACAAGGAUCCCUUUGGAUUUGUUGCGGCGUAUCCCGUUGGCACACCAGAGAGGGCGGCAGUCAUUGUGGCAUACCGACAUGCCCAGCGCCUGCUCUGCAUCGCUGGUAUCUGCUUAUCUAUCCUUCUGAUUGGCUUCUCGCUGGUCAUCCGCAACCCGGAGCUCGGCAAGGAGCAGAGUCUGGAGAAUGCCGAGCAACACGACGAGCAGAGGACAGAGAAGAAGGGCAUGUGGGAGUGGCUCAAGCGUUGAGUAGUUCGAAAAAGGACAGGUGAACCGUGAGACCGGGGUGUAAUGAACAGACAACAGGAGCUGACACUUGACUGAUAAACAUACUGCUUUUGGUGGUGUAGAUAGUGAUGCGGAAUUUGAAUUUGCA